AAUAGAGGGGCGUGGUCAGGGUGCUGACCGAGACCCCCGCCCAUGGCCCACAGCACCAAGCAGCCGCCCGCCGCCCUGCUACAUGCCACGGGCAAGGCUCAGCAUGGGAACUUCCUGGUGGCCAUCAAACAGGAGAAGGGAGAGUCGGCGCGGGUGGGCGGCGAGAAGCCGGAGGAGGAGCCGGUGAAGAAGAGGGGCUGGCCCAAAGGCAAGAAGAGGAAGAAGAUCCUUCCCAACGGCCCCAAAGCCCCCGUGACAGGCUACGUGCGCUUCCUGAAUGAGCGGCGCGAGCAGAUCCGCACGCAGCAUCCCGACCUGCCCUUCCCAGAGAUCACAAAGAUGUUGGGAGCAGAGUGGAGCAAACUGCAGCUCUCAGAGAAGCAGCGGUACCUGGAUGAGGCAGAGAGGGAGAAGCAGCAGUACAUGAAGGAGCUGCGGGAAUACCAGCAGUCAGAGGCUUACAAAAUGUGCACGGAGAAGAUCCAGGAGAAGAAGAUCAAAAAAGAGGAUGUGGGGGCGGUGGCCGUGAACACCCUCCUCAACGGGCAUCCACACAAGGCUGGCGAGUGCAGCGACACCUUCUCCACCUUCGACGUGCCCAUCUUCACGGAGGAGUUCUUGGACCAAAACAAGGCCCGGGAGGCCGAGCUGCGGCGCCUGCGCAAGAUGAACACGGAGUUCGAGGAGCAGAACGCCAUCCUGCAGAAGCACACGGAGAGCAUGAACUGCGCCAAGGAGAAGCUGGAGCAGGAGCUGGCGCAGGAGGAGCGGCAGACCCUGGCCCUGCAGCAGCAGCUGCAGUCUGUGCGGCAGGCCCUCACCGCCAGCUUCGCCUCCCUCCCCAUCCCCGGCACUGGGGAGACCCCCACACUGAGCACCCUGGACUUCUACAUGGCCAAACUGCACAGUGCCAUCGAGAGCAACCCCCUGCAGCACGAGCCACUGGUGCUGCGUGUCAAGGAGAUCCUGUCCCGGAUUGCCAGUGAACACCUGUGAGAGGACCAGUCCUUCUAGACCCCGGGCCUGGCUGGACCCCAGGCCUGUCCCUUGGAGCUCACUCAAGGGCCAGUCUCUGCAGGGGGUCUGGCUGCUCCCCCUGACCCUUGCACCUUCCUGCAGCUGGGACCCUCCAGCCCAGACCACCCCACCCACAGCUGCACCAGCUCCAGGGACCUUGAGCUUUGGGGGACAAGUGGUGACAGGGCUGGGAGCCCAGCUGGGGCAGCGCUGGGAGAGGGUCAGCAUUGACAGCACCCCCAGCUCUCCCCUGCACCCCCCAGCCCUGCCUUGCCAAGCCUGGCUGGGGCAGGGGCACUGGGGAGUUUGGGGCUGGAGUGAACACACCCCUUUAGUGUGAACCAGGGCUGUGGGGUGCUGGGGGUGACCGGGCCCCCCCUUGGUCCUGGUGCUGUCUCCUGUCCUUCUGGCCAGCGUGGGAGCCCCUUGGUCCCAUCCCAGCAAGGGCAUGAGAGCAGCUCCUUCCAGCCGCCUGCCUCAGCUUUUAUUUAAUGGGUGCCUUCAGCUCCUGCCCCUGUCACCCUGCUUGGCUCCCCUCCUUCCCCUCCGUGUCUGGGACCAGGCAGCAAGCUCCUGAAAGCAAUAAAACUCUUCGGGCCAGAGGGGAGCUGGAACUGACCCCCUCCCAUGGUGGGGACCACUGGAAGAGGGGAGCUGGGACCCACCUUGUCCUGGGGUGGGGACCCCUGUAGCAGGGAGCUGGGACCCACCCCUUCCUGCUUGCAGGGACCCUGGGUGUGCUGCACUGGCUUUCGCCUCCUGCCCCUUUUGCCUGAACCCCCCUGCUCUUAUGGGACCACUGUGCUGGCAACCAGGGCUGGGGUUGGUGUCCCCGAGACUGCCUGUCAUUAAUCUCAGACCGUGUAAUUAGAGAAUGUCUUAUUUUCUUACUUAGCACUACAUGGGCUUGGCCCUGGCCCUGGGUCUGACAGGGACUGGGGUGUUCCCACCCUUCCCUUGCUUGCCAGGCCUGUGCUCUGCAUCUGCCAUUUGCCGUCUCCUGGCGCCGCUGGGCUGGGGAUGGAGAUGGGAGCAAAUAAAAGU